AUGUCGUCCAACAAGACCUCGGCCAGUGUCUCCAUCGAUAAGUUCGAUGGGGACAACUACUCAACCUGGUGUCGCUACAUGCGCGGCGUGUUUCUGACGAAGUCAGUCUGGUACGUCGUGAACCGCGAAACGUCUCCAACCUUCACCGACACGCGAGCUUCCGACGAGUACGUCAAGGCGAGCAACAUCGCGUUCGGGUUGAUGUUGCUCCACAUGGACGCCGACUACCACCAUGUGGUCGACAACUGUGAAGAAGCAUGGACAGCGUGGUCGCGGUUGAAGAUGCUCUAUGGUGGGUCGCAGAAGGCGGGACGCAUCUACCUCAAGCGCCAGCUGUUCAGCAUCAAGAUGGCGGAAGGUGCCAACGUCUUGCACCAUUGCAACGAAGUCUUGAACAUCGGCGCCAAGCUCAGCAGCAUCGGUGCCAAGAUGGAAGACGAAGACAUUGCGAUCUGCUUGCUGCUCAGUCUCCCGAAGAGUUUCGAGAACGUGGUUCUGAACUUAGAGAUGAGCAAUGCAGAGCUGCGCACGCAAGAUGUGGUCAAGGUGCUGACUAACGAGCACAUCAAGCGACAAGGCGAGAAGAUGACAACGGCAACGACAACGGUGAAGACUGAAGAUGCGACAAAGGCAUUCAGUACCGAGCGCAAGCCCUACCAAUGCACAUACUGCGGCAAGGUGGGGCACACGGCAGAGCGUUGCUGGACGAAGCAAAAGGAUGAAAGUCGAGGAGCCCAACGCGGCGGCAAUGGUCGUGGACGCGGGGCAAACAAUGUCCAGUGGCGACAUUAUGAUGAAGGCAACAGCUACGAUCGAGUGGCGUUUGCAGUUUCGUUCGAAUGCGGAGUUUCGACGAACAAGAAUGGACCAGGAAUGUGGGCCGUUGACAGCGGGGCAACACAUCACAUCUGCCACGACAAGUUCAAGUUUGCAAGCUUGGUCGAAGGCAAUGAUGGCGAGAUCCUGGUGGCUGAUGGCAACAAGGCGGCCAUCAAAGAGCGCGAGAUCGAGAUCAAGAACGCGCUCUAUGUGCCCAGCAUGAGCAAAAAUCUGCUCUCGGUGCCGCAGAUUAACAAGCACGGCAACUUCCAAGUGGUGUUUGACGGGAAUACGAUGUACGUCGCUCGCAAGGAUUCCAAUCAAGUGGUGGCAGCUGCGGAUCUUGUAGACGGACUCUACUGGCUUCGCACGACGCAGCGAUCGGCCAAUGCGACAUCACUCAGCAACGCUGUUGAUCUACAUGCGCGAAUGGGCCAUGCUCCAGUCGACGUGCUUCGCAGGAUGGUGACAAGCCACAUGAUCAAGGACGCUCACAUCCCUUCCAAGCCGAAUGGAUCAAGUGUGUGUCGAGGAUGCCAAGAAGGGAAGAUGGUCCAAAAACCAUUCCCGAGCAACCGUGACAAGCGCACCUACAACACCUUCGAGAUGCUCCACUUCGACAUCUGCGGACCCAUGGAAGAAAAAUCUCUGGGUGGCAGCAAGUAUCUGCUGCUGAUCGUGGAUGAAGCCAGCGGAUGCAUGAAGAGUUUUUGUCUGCAUUCCAAGUCAGAGAGCAAAGAGUGCAUCAAGAAGUACAUCACGAUGAUACAGACGCAGUUCAACAAGAAGGUCAAAUUUGUGCGACACGAUGGAGCCCGCGAGUUUGCGACGAACUCGCUUCAAGAUUUCUACGAAGUCGAAGGCAUCGAGCAACAAACCACGGUGCCAUACGCACAUCAAGCCAAUGGAACUGCUGAACGCGCGAUUCGAACUAUCGUCACCAUCGGUCGUAGCAUGCUCCAUCAUGCCAAGUUGGACAAGUGCUUCUGGGCUGAAGCGGCAAUGACGGCCGUCUAUGUGAAGAACCGUUUGCCGUCACCCAAGAUUCCACACAAGACACCGUUCGAGAUUGUCUACAAUUCUAAGCCAAGUGUCAAGCACAUGCGCGUUUUUGGGUGCCAAGCAUACAUCUUGACCCCGAAGGAGAAACGACUCAAGUGGGAUCCCAAGGCCCGGGCUGGAUUGUUUUUGGGCUACGAAGAAGUGUCCAAGGCGUAUCGAGUUUACGACAUCGAAGCGGGGCAGGUGAUGAUAAGUCGCGAUGUCAACUUCGAUGAGUCGGCCUUUGGAAUGUCGAUGCUGAUUUCCGAUGACGAUGUUGAUGGCCUGGACUUCGAAUCGAUCGAUCUUGAUGAUGAAGAACCGCGUCCGAGACACUUCAAACAAACAGGAAAGCGCAAGGCCCAACCCAAUCACGACAAUGACGACGCAAGCAUGCCCCGAGCAGUGCGCCAACGACCCGGAUUGGAAGAGUCAAGUGCGCCGGAUGACCUCUCUUCACGUCGAGCCAACGAAGAUGAAGAAAGGAAGUCGGAGGAACAACAUGACACACCGACUUCCUCCGCGUUUUGGCAUGCGAGUGCAAACGCCGUCGAAGCAGCGGUCGAUUUUUCGGAGCCGUCGACAUUUGAAGAAGCAGUAUCUGGCCCGGACCAAUGGGUCUUCAAGAUCAAGCGCAAGGCGGAUGGGUCGAUCGAGAAAUACAAGGCACGACUUGUGGCCAAGGGUUUUCGCCAAAAGUAUGGCAUUGACUACACGGAGACGUUCUCGCCCGUGGUCAAGUAUGUGACGCUGCGAAUGGUCAUCGCCAUUACCAAGCACUUUGGAUGGCCCCUCGACCAGCUCGAUGUGGUGACUGCGUUCCUGUAUGGAGUGAUGAAGGAGAAGGUGUUCUGCGCUGUUCCGGAAGGCGUCAAGAUGGAAGGUGAUUUCGACUGUCUCGAGCUGAUCAAGGCGAUCUACGGUCUCAAGCAAGCCUCGCGUGUUUGGAACGAGACCUUCGACGAGUUCAUACGCUCGAUUGGUUUUCAAGCGUCGGGAUUCGAUCCAUGUCUCUACAUCAUGACUUCGGAAGGCCAUUGUGUUUUUGUGCUGGUCUACGUGGACGAUGUCUUGGUGACUGGAAGCUCGCUCGAGAUGAUUGCGCGCACCAAGAACGACCUCAAGACACGCUUCGAGAUGACGGACAGCGGCAAGUGUGCCUUUGUUCUUGGGAUCGAGUUAUUGGACGGUGAAGAUGGCAGCGUGACUAUGUGUCAGCGCCGUUAUGUCGACGAUGUCCUCAAGCGCUUUGGAAUGGAUGAGUGCAAGGCUGUGGCAAGUCCGGUGGACGUCAGCUCUCGACUGGUUCCAAGCAACUCUGCAAGCAAGGUGGAUGUCCCAUUCCGUGAAGCAGUGGGUGCUUUGAUGCACCUGACGACUGCAACGCGACCGGACAUCGCCUAUGCUGUAAGCUUUGUGUCACGGUUCAUGGAGAAACCCCAAGAAGAACACUGGGUUGCAGUCAAGCGCAUCUUCCGCUACCUACAAGGCACCAAGAUGCAUGGAAUCUGCUACAAGCCAAGUGCGAAGAUCGACUUUCGUGGCUAUUCAGAUGCAGACUGGGCCGGUGACCUUGCUGAUCGCAAAUCGACGUCCGGCUACGUCUUCAUGCUAUUGGGUGCUCCGGUGAGUUGGGGCAGCAAGAAACAGCCAAGUGUGUCACUGUCUACAAGCGAAGCGGAGUACAUCGCGCUCAGCCUGGCGAUCCAAGAAGGCAAGUGGAUCAAUCGCUUGCUGUGCGAGAUCAUGGCGGCUGCAAACGAAGAAGGACCCGAGCUCGUCAUCCGUGAAGACAACCAGUCGUGCAUCAAGAUGACGAAGAAUCCGGUCAACCACGGCCGCGCUAAACACAUCGACAUCAAGUACCAUCACAUCCGUGAUGAAGUCAAGCGCGGCGAAGUGAAGCUUGAAUACUGCGAGACAACGUUGAUGUUGGCGGACAUCAUGACGAAGGGACUUCACGGACCGCGUCACAAGGACUUGACGGCGGCGCUUGGCAUCCGUGCGUGUUCGGAUUGA